AUGGAGAAGUACAAAACUUGGCUUCCGAGAAUCAUGGAGUUGGUAGGCCUUGAAUAUACUGGGUGGUUUGUCUAUCACUAUUUUCUCUUCAAGGUAUGCUUAUAUGCAACCAAAUGUGUUAAAGGCCUUCAAACUGCAAAUGGUGACCAAAAAAGGGAAGUUGAGAUCAUUGAGAAUGCUCUCAAGGCACCUACUUUUGCAAUAGCUUCAAAUGCUGGCGCAGACGGUGCAUUGGUUGUAGGCAAGCUCUUAGAGCAAGAUGAUUUGAAUCUAGGAUAUGAUGCAGCUAAAGGUGCGUACCAACACAUGGUGAAGGCUGGAAUUAUUGAUCCCGUGAAAGUAGUUAGAACAGCAUUGGUGGAUGCUGCCAGCGUCUCUUUGCUAUUCACGACAACUGAGGCUGCCAUUGUGGACCGUCAAGAGGAGAUAAACCCACUUGCAAACCGCAUGCCAAACAUGGGUGAUAUGCACUGAUGUAGGUAACACAG